GUCAAGCAAGCAAUCUUCUAUACAAUUCAAGAGAUCUUAAAUAUUCCGGUAUUAGGUAAACAACUUUGCGUCAAUACCGAUCUCUUUCAAGAACAAACACACCCACCAACCAAAAUGCCUAAAGACUUCGACCCCAAACACCCCAAGCGCAAAACACCCUACUCAAAGCCAAAACCCAAGUCCUCUCAACCCCAAGAGCGUGAAGAAAAACAAUAUCCCUCCGUGAACGACCUCAAACGCCGCAUCCGCGAUGUCAAGCGCCUUCUUGCUAAACCCGAUCUCCCCGCCGAUAAGCGCAUCAUCCAGGAGCGUGCGCUGUCCGGCUAUGAGAAGGAAUUGGCGGAUGAGGAGAGAAGGCGAGAGCGGUCGAAGAUGAUUAAGAAGUACCAUUUUGUUCGGUUCUUGGACCGCAAAACGGCCACGAAGGAAGUCAACAAACUUACACGGAAACGCGGUGAGCUAGCAAACACCACAGACGAGAGUACCGACGAGGGAACGAGGAAGAAGAAUCUGGAGAAACUCGAUGCUCGACUGCGCAUCGCUAGAGUGAACCUGAACUACACCAUCUACUACCCGCUCACGGAAAAGUAUAUCUCGAUAUACGCGGAGAAGAAGAAGGGGAAAGAGGAUGGGCAAGAUGAGGGCGGAGAUCAGGAUAUGGAAGAAGAAGAACAAGAGAGGCAUGGAGAGGAUGGGUUGAGCGCUAGUGCUACGGCAGAGAAGCUGGCUAUGUGGCGCACUGUUGAGAAAUGUAUGGAGGAUGGGACUCUUGAUCUUCUUCGGGAGGGACAGCUUGGGCCGAAUGGCGAAACGGACUCUGGAGAGAAGGACAAGGCGGAGAGUUCUAAAUCUCGUUCGAAGAAUGCUAUUGAGAAGAAGGCUGGUGUUAAGAAAGCAGUUGUCAAGGCGAGCAAAACUGAAACCCGGAAAGGGAAAGGCACGAAACACCGUGCCCCAACCCCAGCUGAUGAGGAUGAUGAGAGCGAUGGUGGUUUCUUCGAGAUGUAGAUUGAUUCGGCGCAUCCAUUCUACGUUCGCCAUGUGCACUGUUUAUGCCUAUGUACUCAUGCAUCUCAGGAGUCUUGUCUGUCUGUCGAUAUUUAAGCAUUACAUGCGCCAUUUGGAGCUUGACAAUUUAUCGGAUACCCAAAUAGAUACUUUGCAAUUCAUUCUUCUUCUACUAUAGCUAGUUGGGCGGUAAACAUAAAUCCUACUAAUAAAUAUGGACCAAAUGUCAGGCCAGACCGUGCUGGAACUGAUACAGUGGUUGCAGAAACAUGGCCAAAUCAAACUCCAACUUCUCCAGCCCCUUCUAAGGUAAACAUGACAUAAGG